AUGGAUCGCCUCACGCGUCUUCCUCACCUUCCAUCUCGAGACCGCGCCUUGAAUGCAGCCGCGCUGACGGGGAUUUCGACCUUAGCAUUGAGCGCCGUCAUCUGGUGUAUUCGAGACUAUCAUGCAUUCUUGGCUCUUGGCCCUGGCGGAGCAUCCUACAAUGUCAAGGGCUGGGCUUGGGUGAGCAUGCUCCGACUGUUUGCUCUUUCUAAACGCGGCGCAACCCAGGUCGCGGAUUAUCCCACAGAGGGCGCCCAUGAAGAUAUUAAGAAUUUACCCGAGCGAAAGGGCGACCGCGCAGCUGUUGGGGGAAUCAUCCCGCAUCGUCAGCUCUCACAGCAUCCACCUGAGGAGAUGAAACAGUACAUCACGAACUUGUUCAAAAAUGCCGUUACACAGAAUAGCGAACUCUUAGAAGAACGCCUUUCGCUGUAUGAAAAACAUAAUCCUGCACUUUUCGUGCGCGAGGAGGUUCUCUUGAAUGCGGACUCGGCAGCUCCAAAACCGCCCCAGACGGCUUACACUGCCCGCGGCGAAUGUGGGCAUGUCCAUCCUGAUUACUCAAUCCAUCUAUAUCUUUCUCCAGCCGAUGCUCGACUCAUUAUCGAGAAGGGCUGGGGUGAAAGGCAUCGGCUGUCAAAACCCAAGACGUCAAUGGUCAAUUUUGAGAAUGCUCACGUUGGUGACACAUACCUUAUGAUAUACGGACCGAGGGAUGAAGAUGAAAUCGAAAUUGUGCGCAAAAUCCUGCAAAGCAGCAUUCGCUUCAUGACAGGAAGAGGGGAUGUCGAGGCUCCACAGUGGAAAGUGGCUCUCAGUCCCAAUUGA